AUGGCUGACAAUGAGUACGUGGCCGUUAAGCAGUUUCUCGCUCUUGUCGGCCCCGACACAGAUAGCCUCAAGGACGAAUUAAUCAGUCGCUUAUCAUGCGACGAAUCGAAAAGAACGAUAACAUUGAAAAACAAGUGAGUUUCAGAAGAAUUUAUCAGGGUAAUUCGAAAUCAUUCUGAAAAAUUCAGUUAUUAUCGCGCAAACGUGGGUGUGCAACAAUUCGCCGAUUUGAAACAAGUCGUCGAAGCCGCGGCUCACGAAAAACUCUUCCCAGCAGUCAUAAUCCAAUAUACAAAUGAAGAAGCUGUUCAACAAUACGAGGAAUACACGAACAAGCUUCAAUGUGAUAUAAAAGUACGCUGAGAAACCUUCAAGCACAACAUAACACUUUGAAAUUUCAGUUGAUCUCAGUCGAAUCGGGUGAAGAAGACUUGGCCGAACUUGAAGAAUGGACAAUGUUGAGAAGUUUUGAAGUUGUCUAUUUGAAACCAUCAAAAGAGCAGAUUGAAACUGCUGAUGAAAUCGGGGAAAAAUACGGGAUGGAGCGGAUUAUCGAAGCGCUUCAUGUUUGUGAUUGGCCAAAUCGCAUUUUCAAUGUCAAACAGGUAUUUGAUUUGGAUUUGGUGGAAAAUAGAAAAAAUAGAAGUUUUUUAGACUGGAAAUCCGAAUCUUGACCAUCUUCUAUCUUUUGUCAAUAACAAGAACACCGAAACCAACGAGGAUACUCAAUUUUCGCUGAAAGGAGAAUCUGCGGGUCAGUCAUAAUAACGUGUAUAUAUUUUUUGUCUUUUGAAUAAACGAAAUAAAUUAUUCAGUUUGAAACCAAAUCAUGAAGAAAAGUUUCAGAUUCAGUGUGGAUGACAUAUCGAGAAUUGAACAAUUUGACACGACCAGCAAGUUCGGAAACACCUGAACCACAACACGCCGAACGAGUUCAUCUAUCGCCAGAUUCUCCAUCUGGAACUGAAUCGACUGAUGUUUGUGUGUCAGUGGAUUUCGAUUUGGCACCGUCAAAUCAGCAGAAAGAAGAAGAAGUUGUUGUGGAGACGACGGUGAAUGCUGAUAUUGAGGUUGAGGAGGUAAAUUUUUAAUUUUUGAAAAAAAAUGUCAAUUUUGUUUGUCUGGGUGUGAUAAGUUUUUCUUAUCUAAUUCAAAAUGUGCUGUGAACUGAUAAUAAUUACCAAAAAUUUUAAAUUUUGAAGCAAAAAUUGGCAAGGGAGUUUUUAUAGAUUGACAAAUGAAAAUUUUAGAAAAUGAGAAAUGAAUGGUCUAAAAAUCUGAUUUAAAAAAAGUCCACGUGGCAAAAUCCCCUCAAUUUCCAGGUUCUUCCACCAUCCAACAAUGCCGCAAAGAAAAAAAGAAAGAAGAACAAAAAUAACAAAAAAAGAAAACAAUGGCAAUAA